CACUUCUCCUGUUCUCCAGGCCAGUUGCUGAGUAUUCAUUCCAAGUCGUCGUGUGUUUGUCACAUAUGAUUGAGAACACUGGAGAAUUAACCAAGCAGCCCUUCCCACACUGAAACUAACCGUUGUUUAUCGACAAAAUCAAGAAUAAGAUUAAGAUUGCAAGAAACACGGAGCCCUGAAUCGUGGAGGCUACAAAGUACUAGUUGUUUCAUGGGUCUGGACUGUGUUCUAUCUUACUAUUUCAGCAGCAUUAUUGCUCUUCAUUAGACAAUCCGUCACUGAAAACCACCAAAACCUCAAUCUCUCCGAAGGCGAAAGUAAUGGGAGCAACGGCGGUGGAUGGUGGUAGCAGAAGCAGCGAGCCCCUCCGGUUCUUUCUCCAUUUCGUUCGAGGACGAUGGUUCUCUCUAUUUGCCUCGUUCUUGAUCAUGGCUGGGGCGGGAGCCACGUAUCUGUUUGGAGUGUAUUCCAAGGAGAUAAAAUCGUCUCUCGGGUAUGACCAAACCACGCUUAACCUCCUAGGAUUUUUCAAGGAUCUCGGGGCCAAUGUUGGAGUGUUGUCGGGCCUUCUUGCUGAGGUCUCGCCAACGUGGUUUGUUUUGCUAGUUGGUGCAGGCCUGAACUUUGCGGGCUACUUUGUUAUAUGGCUGUCAGUAACGGGAAAGAUUGCCAAGCCGGCGGUCUGGCAAAUGUGUUUGUACAUUUGCAUUGGUGCGAAUUCUCAGAACUUCGCUAACACGGGUGCUCUAGUCACGUCUGUUCGAAACUUCCCCGAGUCCCGGGGGGCUAUGAUCGGCCUCCUGAAAGGCUUCACCGGGCUAAGUGGUGCCAUCAUGACUCAGCUCUACUUGGCUGUCUAUGGGAAUGAUUCCAAGUCACUUAUCCUGCUCAUCGGUUGGCUCCCAGCCGCGUUAUCAGUGGUUUUUGUGUACACAAUUCGAGAAAUGAAGGUGAUUAGGGAUAAGAGUGAGCUCAAAAUGUUCUACAUUUGCUUGAUUUCAACCAUCGUCCUCGCCUUGUUUCUAAUGGUCAUUACAAUCUUCCAAAAAGUGGCUUCGUUUUCUGCAGCAGGCUAUGAUGCUAGCGCUGCUGUUUCGUGUUUGCUACUUUUUGUCCCUCUGGUGUUCUUCGUUAAACACGAAUUAGCCCUCUGGCAGAAGAGGAAAACGGCCAACGAGGAGAAUCCGACUACUAAGAUAACUGUCCAAACGCCCCCGCCUCCAACAUCAGAGGGAAAUGAGGCAAACCGAAAAGAUCCCAAAGUCUCUUGGUUAGCCAAUAUUUUCUUCCACAAACCGAAAAGAGGAGAAGACUAUACUAUCCUGCAGGCUCUUCUGAGCACUGAUAUGCUGAUUCUCUUCGUAGCCACGUUCUGCGGGAUGGGAUCGAGCCUAACAGCAGUGGACAACAUGGGACAGAUCGGUGAAUCGCUAGGAUACCCCACGAAGACGAUCAAAACCUUCGUGUCCCUCCUCAGUAUAUGGAACUUCUUUGGCAGGAUUUUCUCGGGAUUCUUCUCAGAGUCACUCCUCGUCAAGUACAAGUUCCCGAGGCCCCUGAUGAUGACACUAGUCCUCCUCUUAUCCUGCAUCGGCCUCCUCCUCAUCGCCUUCCCAACCCCCGACUCCCUCUACAUUGCCUCCAUCGUCAUCGGCUUCUCCUUUGGCGCCCAGCUCCCGCUCCUCUUCACCAUCAUCUCCGAGCUCUUCGGGCUCAAAUACUACUCCACGCUGUUCAACUGCGGGCAGCUGGCUAGCCCCAUCGGGACAUACGUGCUCAACGUGAUGAUCACCGGGCAUUUAUACGACAAGGAGGCUCGCAAUGAUCUCGCCAAGAGAGGGCUAACCAGGGCAGAUGUGAAGGAGCUUACAUGCAUCGGCCCCCAUUGUUAUCGUCUCGCUUUCAUCAUUCUGGCCUGUGUAACGUUCUUUGGGGCAAUUUCGUCCCUGAUUCUUGUAGCGAGGACUCGGGAGUUUUACCGAGGGGAUAUAUACAAGAAGUUUAGGGAGCAGGCGGAGCAGGAAGUAGAAAUGCCGGUGACAACCAGCGAUGCUAGUAAGAGGUAGAAAAGAAAACCAGGAAACAGAUAUAGCAGAAGUACACAAAAUAAACCAAAGUAUAGUUGUGUAUUAAGGUUCGAUUUUCUGAACCACUCUUAUCCUUCCUGAAUCCUGCAGAUUGCUCCUGAAUCAUAGGAGAAUUAAGCAAUAUAUUUUAAAGCUAUAUUCCUGUCUAUGAUCAUCUUGGAUUUUCAUUUCUCUUUGGGAGCUUUAACUAACAUGUUGAGUUUUACUUGGAAAA